AUGCUCUAUCUAAGAUUGUUUAAUGACGAAAAAUCAGUCAAAAAGAAAAAUCGGAUUUUUUUAAAUUUUUUCAUAAAAAUAAAAAUUUUCAUUUUGUGCAUAAUUUUUUUUCUGCUGUUGAGAAAUGAAGACAAUGUGGGAAAAAUAAGUGAGAGACUCCCCAGGGAAGAUAUGUUCCCCGUGGGGUUCUCUCCUCUGGCAAGGGACGAAAAAAACGGUUAUUUGAAAAUAAGGAAAGUGAGACAAAACGAAAGAGAGAAUAUAAGUUUUUCAAGUGAAUCACGUGUCAAUAUUAGCACUACCCAUGAUGAUCGAUCCCGUUUAAACGUGUUUGAAGAUGUAUACAACCUUUUUUGCAGAGAAAAUUUUAUUAAUGAGAAGUAUUUCCUGCUGUUUUGGUGUUUUGGUAAGAAGGGGACUUACAAGCGAAGGGGACACAUUUCCAGAAUUCUGCUCGAAAGGAUGAAAAAGAAUGCGUCUUAUGAAAAUGGAAAGGGAUCGGAAAAUACAACAUUUAGUGUGGACGGGGGCGAAAGCGAAAGUGAGAACGAAGAUGACGAACCUAAGAAUCAGCUUCCGUCUGCGUCGAAUGAGGUAUCCGAAGGAAUGAUUUUCUUCUGUUUUAUCUUCAUCUCCGCGACUAUGCUGCAAUUUAUCCUUUCCAAAAUACACAGACUGAACAUCCCUGUGUCAGUAAUAUGGUUUUUAUAUGGAAUGUGUACCUACGUAAUAGCAAAAAAUUUUAACAUGUUUGAAGAGAAUACUUUGCAUAAGUCUAUCAUCAACGCGAGGAACAUCGAUUCAUCCGUUCUUUACUUCAUUCUGUUGCCAAUUUUGCUAUAUGAAGCCACGCAGGACAUCAAUUAUUACGCCUUUAAGAAUUUUCUAUAUGGUGGAAUAGGACUAGCAGUGAUAGGGGUAGCACUACAAGUAGGCAUACUGGGUAUUUUGUUUUAUUAUUCCUUCAUGUAUAGGCAAGACCAGUCCCCCCUAAGUAGCAGUUUUUUGUUGGCCUCCAUCUUAUCAUCAACCGAUCCCGUGGCAGUGCUGUCGAUUUUGUCAGUAGUGGAUGCUCCAUCAAAAAUAAGUUCCAUGUUUCAUGUGGAGUCGUUAAUAAAUGAUGGAAGUUCUGUCUUACUAUUUCAGUUUUUUUUUUAUUUAACUAUCGGGUAUAAGGCCAAUACAUCUCAGUACCUGAUUCUGUUUGUUAAGUUAUUAUUUUUAAGCCCCAUAUUUGGCAUAGGCAUGGCUAUGUUGACAUUUGCCUGGAUAAAUUUGUAUAGAAAAUAUUACUACAAUCAGUGUCUGGCGACGAUAACUAUGUGUUACUUGAGUUACUUUGUAUCUGAGUAUUAUUUUAACUUGUCGGGCCCGCUAGCAAUCGUUUGUUAUGGUUUAUUUAUUAACGCGUAUGGCCAUAUUGCCCUGGACGAAGUGGCACAGAGAAAGCACAAAGAAAUUGUGGAGCUUCUCUCCCUCAUGGGAAACUCGAGCAUUUUCAUCAUAUCAGGAAUAGUCUCGUUUGGGAUGAUGGAGAAUGUUUUCAAGGACAACUUGUACUUUUUCCUAUACAUUGUAUUGACAUAUAUUUAUUUAGUGUUGGCAAGGUCCAUAAUGAUUCUGAUAUUUAAACCUUUUUUGUCAAGAAUUGGAUAUCCUAUAAAUUGGAAGGAAAUAUUACUCCUAAUUUGGGGAGGACUACGAGGCGGUAUUGUACUGGUACUAGGGUUACGGAUAGAAGCAGAAAAUAAAAUUAACGACAAACUGACGAAGGAGUUGGCUUACUACAUUAGUGGUAGUGUAUUGCUAAUACUGACCAUUCAGGGUUUGACUUUUGAGUGUCUGUACAAACUGUUAAAUAUUUAUCCGCCGAAUCCCUUUAGAAUUGUUUACCUAGAGAAGGUACUAAAAAUGAUUGAUUACAAUUUUUAUAUUAGGAAGAAGAGCUUAAAAAAUUAUUGGCUGUUUAAAGGCACCAACAUUCUUCACUUUUCCAACAAAAUUGUCCCCGAAUUGUACUGGAGGAAAAUGAACAAAUAUGGAGAGUUCGAUUUGAGGUUGCCGGAUAUUUAUGCUUGUCUACAGGAUAUAAGCUCGUGCGAUAUUUCAUUUUGGGAACGUGCUUACGAUUCGCAGACAGUGAUCGAAAGCUUCGAUGGCGUUUCUUCGAAUGGCAAUGGCAGCUUUCCCAACAAGAACGAGAAUAAGAUAAGCCCAAGCAGGGGAAAAAAAAGUGAUAAUAAUAGUAAUAAUAAUAAUUCGGCUCAUUCCUCCAGCAAUAGGAGGAUUCUACAAAAAAAUGAACUGUCCAGUAUUACAGAUAAUGACGCCGAGAAUGAGAGAGGCACGUCGAACAACAGGAAUGUGCACAUUCAUAGAGGAAGAGAAAAUCCAAGUUCCAUAAAGAAAAAAAAAAGUAUAUACGAUGAGGUGAAAUGGAAAAACAGUAAUUUUACGGACAUAGAAUAUGAAGAUAACAGUGAUGAAUACAGCUACAUAAAUAACGAUGACAAUAAUAGCAAGAAGAAAAAAAAAAGAGAAAAAAUAAAAGUGAGAAACAAUACCAGCAGAAGGGAUCGAGUAGGGGAAUUCAUCUCCAGAGGAAAAACUAGCUUUGAUAAUUUUCCGUACAAAAGAGAAAUGAAAAUAAAUAUCAUUCGAAAUAAUGACAACUACUUCAGUAGUAACGAUGAAGACGAACAUAAUUACACAAGUAUAAACUACUCACUGUCAUCCAAAAAUUUCGAUAAGCUCAGUAACCAUCUGAAUGAGCUCUCCGAUAACGAAUCAUGCUACACAGAUAAGGUUUGUGAAAACAGUAAAAUAAAAAGUUUGAAUGCUUUUAACUAUGACAAGAUUUCCAUAAAAACGUAUGACCGCCUUAUAAACAAAAUGAAUUACCGAGAAUUCAAAAGAACCAGAAGGGAGAAAGAAAACUUUACUGUCAUCGAUAGUAUCGUUGAUAACAACAACGAGAAGGAGACGUUCAAUCCCAAAUACAAUUUGAGGCUAAUCGAGCACGCUACCCAUUUACCCAAAACUUUUAGUGACAAUUUGCUCGUUAAGAGCAAUAUGAAAAAUGAGAAAGGCAGUAAUGGAGACGCGAAGAGUGGUGCCCCAGAUUCUAGCGAGAAUGAAAAGAGGAAUAAAAAAAACAUUCCAAAUUCUUUGCACGAGCAAGCUUCGGUGAAGGAGGACGACCUGGGCAAAGAAAUCGACUCGGUGAAAGAAGCCGAGGUUGGAAAAGACCGAGACGGAGAAAAACAAUACGUGCAGCAGGACAGCAGCCCUGGGGAGGAGCACCUCAUGAAAAAUAUAAACUACGAUAAUAUCACGAAGAAGGAUGAAAAUUUGCUAAACAACUACAAAGAUGUGAAAAGGAUCCCAGAGGGGACUAAUGAGAACACACUCGGGCUACCUAAUGCAGACCAAGCAGAAAACGAGUUGCUGAUGAGCGACAAUUUUAUUAUAAAAAUUCAGAAGGAAAUAUCGAAUGAAUGCGAAGAGGAUCAGGAGAAUGAGAGUCUAAAGGGCGAAAGGGGAGAAGGCCACGAAAAUGAUUUAGAAGAAAAAGAUGAUGAAGCAGAAGAGCAAGGAGGAGGAAGCCUGAAAAACUGCAUCACAUGUGUGACAAAUGAACAGAGUAACGUGGUGGAUGAUAUCAUAAAUUAUGUCGGGGGUGAAAAAAAAAAUAACGAACCUAAUUUUGAGGAAUACUUAACAUAUAAAAAUCUGUUCGCUCUGAAUAGCGAUGGGAUGAAAAUAUCGUCCUUCUUUAACAACAACUAUGAUAAGGAAAGCUAUCUAAAGAAUAGGGUGAGAAACCCAUCGGAGAUUAACAUUUCCACCAAGGGAACUGACAGCAGAACUUUGAUGUUAAUGAACAAAGAAAUUGAGAAAAGGAAAAAGAUGAAAAAUACUAAUAAAUCGAGGUGCACCUCAUGCACACGUGUGCUUGAUUUCACCGUACGUCCGCUAAUAAAAAGGGAUAGUAAUCGGAGCGCUUUAAAGGUGAAGGGCAGUAAAGGCGGAAGACGUGAAAGAGGCUAUAACCAUAAUUGCGAUAAUGCUGACAAUGAAGAAUUUCGCUGUGGAGAUUGCCAAAAUGUGGAGAUAAAUCAAAAUUACUCCAACAGCAAUGCAGGAGAUGAUAACAUUGUCAGUAAUAAUAACAACAGUAAUGACGAUUUCAUCGAGGGAAAAAAGGGAAUGCCAAAAGUGCAACGAAACAGCACGACGGACUUCAUUGCAAGGAGGUAUGACACAGAUCAAACGAUAAAUUUCGAAUGUAUAGAAGAUGUGUGUCAGAAGAAACAUGUUGCUACUUUUUACAGCUUUUUAAAAAGACCCAAAAUGAAAAUAAAAAAUAAAUUAUUCAGCGAAAUAAGAAGGGCAAGAAGCCACGAAAGUUACAGUAAUAGUAAAGAUAAGUCCGGGAAGUCCAAGGAUGAUGUUUUUUACAGCUCACUCAAAAAAAAAAUUGUUCGAAAAGAAAGAGAAGGGGAACUGUACAUCAUGAUAUUUAAUACUUGCAGGGAAUUAUAUAAAAAGUUGUACGUAAACGGCUUCAUCUCGGGGGAAUGUCUAUUAACACUUACGUCGAUUCUAGAUCUGUCUGCCGAUUUUGCCUUGAAGAAGGUACGAAUGAACCCAAUUAAAGCAUGGGCCGAUGCUUUUGAUAAGGGAAAAAACAAAAGUAGCAGCAAAAGAAGGAGAAGUAUUGACCACAGAAAUGGGUUUGAAUACGAAUUUAACGUCCUGUUAUCAAAAUUAAAAAUUAAUACAAGGCGUUCAUUUUUCUUCUCGCCCAAGGUGGUAAAUAUAUUUCUUGUGUAUGAACACUGCAUGAAGGACCUUCAGAUUAUUCUCUCCUAUGUUGACGUUCACCAGUGCACACUGGAUAAGGGGGGAAUUACUAUGAAGUUACUGCUGGGGAAAAACUUGCUCAGAAGCUACUACCGAAAUAUAGAGCUCGCCAAGAGCCUCAUACCGCACAUGGUUAAGAAGUACAAGGACGUGGUGAAGUACUGCCUCAUUAAGAUAGGCGCGGACAUGCUCAUGCAUUUGAAGAAGACGAUUGUUAAUGAGCAAGCUGCGAACGGAUUGUUACUAACCCAGGACAACGAAAAAUUGAAUGGCAUUUUCUAUGAGCAGCAAAUCAAAAUUAAUAGAUACAGGCCAUAUUUGCAUUAUUUUUUAAAAAAGAACAUGUUUAAGAUGAUUAUUAAGUAG